ACAUAAUAUAUAUAACAGCACCAACAUUAUUUUAUCAAAUCAUUUUUUUUUGCCUCACCUCUUCGCCUUUUACCUCUUUGUUUCUCAAAACUUGUCUUCUGUGUUGUGUGUAGCAGUUCUGAGUCGGAGAGGAGGGAAAGAGAACAGGGGAAAGGGAAAAAAAGGCCACCAAGAAUUAAUUGACAGAAUUUUUUUAUCUGAUCUAAACCAUUGGAUUAACUCUUUGUUUGUGUUGAUAGAUCUGUUAAGACUACUCUUUUCUCAUCCUCAGAAAAUCUGAGGAAAAUCUCUAAAGAUGAAACGAUUGAGAGAUGAUGGGAAUGAUAGCCCUUCUUUUAAGCGGUCAUUUGGCUCCAACAGAGGAGAAUCCUACAGUCCAUCACAAGUUCCAGGAAGUGGUCAGGGUGGAGUUGGUGGUGGCAGCAGUUCUGGUGGAGCUAGUGCUAGUAAUUCAAAGCUGACAACUGGUGAUGCAUUGUCUUAUUUGAAAGAAGUCAAGGACAUGUUCGAAGCCAAAGGGAUAAAAUUGAUACUGUUGGUGUCAUAGCUAGAGCAAAAGACUUGCUUAAAGGGCAUCCUAGGUUGAUCCUUGGUUUUAACACCUUCUUGCCCAAGGGUUAUGAAAUAACCCUCAAUGAUGAAGAUGAGGCUCCUCCAAAGAAAGUUGAGUUUGAAGAAGCUAUUAGCUUUGUGAACAAAAUAAAGCAUGGCCCGAUUGAGAGGAGAUGUAUCUGGUGGUAAAGAGAGGUUUAGGCGGCGAAUCAAUUAUUCUCGUAGAGAGUCGCGUCGUUCAUCACAAGUUGUUGAAAAUGGUUUGGGCAGCCGCAUUGCUGGUAGAGGGCUAACUUUUCUUAGACCUUGUAACCCAAAUCUUAGAACAGAGGAGGCUUUGUCUUAUUUGAAGGAAGUUAAGGACACGUUUCAAGGCAAAGUGAAGUAUAAAAUGUUCCUUGAUAUUAUGAAACAAUUUAAGGCUCAAAGAAUUGAUACUGUUACUGUCAUUGCAAGAGUGAAAGAUUUGUUCAAAGGGUACCCUAGGUUGAUCACGGGAUUCAACACUUUCUUGCCCGAGGGAUAUACGAUAACUCCCAAUCAAGAAGAUAAGCCUAGAGUUGAAUUUGGAGAAGCUGUCAACUUUGUGAACAAAAUAAAGACACGAUUCCAAAAUGAUGAUCAAGUCUACAGAUACUUCCUAGACAUCUUGAACGUGUAUAGGAAAGAGCAGAAGGGAAUCGAUGAGGUGUACCGAGAGGUUGCCAUACUUUUCAAUGGCCAUCCAGAUUUGUUAGAUGAGUUUACUAGGUUCUUGCCAGAUACCAACUACAAAGAGGAUCUAAGCAAGCAGCAGCAUACUGGUAAAAUGAAUUCUUUUGGAGAGUUUGAAGAUGCCCUGAAAUCUUCGUGUAGAAAAGGGCUCAUUUUCUGUGAAAGGGUAAAGGAAAGACUACAAAGUCUAGCUGAUUAUGUGAAAUUCUUAACAUGUCUCCAUAUUUACGGCACAGAAACGAUCACAAGGAACGAGUUACAAAGUUUGGUUACUGAAAUACUUGGAAAAUAUCCUGAUCUUAUGGAGGGUUUCAAUGAAUUUCUGGAUCUUUAUGAUCGAGUUGAUACAUAUACAAAAGGGUUCACUUUCUGUGAAGAGGUAAAGGAAAGACUAGGAAGUCCAGCUGAUUAUCAGACAUUCUUGAAAUGUCUUCAUGAUUACAGCAGAGAAUUAAUUACAAGGGAGCAGUUACAAUCUUUGGUUGCUAGAGUACUUGGGAAACGUCAUUGUCUUAUGGAGCGUUUCAAUGUAUUUAUAGAUCGUUAUGAACAAGCUGUUGGAUUUCUUUUAGGUGUAAUGACUAAGUGGAAUGAUUCCAAGUUAGUAAAGAAAGAAGAGAAGAAGUGUAAAACUGAGGCUCCUUCAACUUAUCAAGUAAAACAAGAAACUGAAGCUCCUUCAACUUAUCAAGUAAAACAAGAAACUGAGGCUCCUUCGACUUAUCAAGUAAAACAAGAAACUGAUGCUCCUACAACUUAUCAAAUAAAACAAGAAAAUGAGGCUCGUCCACUGGGAAUUAAGUUUGAAGAAGGUGUCAGUUUUGUUGAGAAAGUAAAGGAACGUUUCCGACAGGACAACCAUGUAUAUGAAUCAUUUUUGAAAAUUUUAAAGAUGUACAACAGGGAGCACGAGAACAAAUAUGAUGUCUACCAUAAGAUUGCUAUACUUUUCAAGGAUCAUUCAGAUUUACUUGAUGAGUUCGCUACAUUCUUGCCAGAUUCUUCAGCUGAUUUCAUGCUUAGGGAACGUAUUGAUCAGUUAACCAUCCUCUUUAGUUCCUUAUAAUAGUGUGAUCUGUAUUACUAAAGCUUGUGAAGGAGUUAAACUUGGAAAGAUUGAUGGGUUUCUUGGAAAUUUUUGUUCUGUUUCGAAUGCUAGAGAUUCAGUUUUAUUGGCAAUGUAAAAUGUUGGUACUAUAUGGGGUUUAUUUUUCCGAAU